CCCUGAGCUCUCCUCUGCCUCUCUCCUCCUCUCUGCAUCUGCCGGCUGCUCUCUCCGUCAACCUUGUGAGGGCUCCUGUGAAGCGUCUUCCAUCUAGACUUCUACACCACUGUUUCACCUGAAGAAAUCAACUUUUUUUUUUUCCUCUGAAACCUGCAAAACACUAAGACCCAACAGUCACCAUGGAGGCCAUCAAGAAGAAGAUGCAGAUGCUGAAGUUGGACAAGGAGAAUGCCAUCGACAGGGCAGAGCAGGCUGAGUCUGACAAGAAGGCAGCAGAAGAUAAAUGCAAACUGCUGGAGGAUGAGCUGCUCGGUCUGCAAAAGAAACUGAAGGGAACAGAGGAUGAACUGGACAAGUACUCAGAGGCCCUGAAGGAUGCUCAGGAGAAACUGGAACUGUCGGAGAAGAAGGCCACAGAUGCUGAGGGCGAUGUGGCAUCUUUGAACCGCAGGAUCCAGCUGGUGGAGGAGGAGCUGGAUCGUGCUCAGGAGAGGCUGGCCACGGCCCUGCAGAAGCUGGAGGAGGCUGAAAAGGCUGCCGACGAGAGUGAAAGAGGCAUGAAGGUGAUUGAGAACAGAGCCAUGAAAGACGAGGAAAAGAUGGAGAUUCAGGAGAUGCAACUCAAAGAAGCCAAACACAUUGCUGAGGAGGCCGACCGCAAAUAUGAGGAGGUUGCCCGUAAACUGGUAAUCCUGGAGGGUGAGCUGGAGAGGGCAGAGGAGAGGGCAGAAAUCGCAGAGGUUAAGUGUGCUGACCUGGAAGAGGAGCUGAAGAACGUCACAAACAACCUGAAGUCUCUAGAGGCUCAGUCUGAUAAGUACUCUGAGAAGGAAGACAAAUACGAGGAAGAGAUUAAAGUCCUGAAUGACAGACUUAAGGAGGCGGAAACCCGUGCAGAAUUUGCGGAAAGGACAGUGGCUAAACUGGAAAAGACCAUAGAUGACUUAGAAGAGAACCUAUCAAACGCAAAAGAGGAAAACCUAGGAAUGCACCAGGUCCUGGACCAAACACUGCAGGAGCUCAGUAGCUUGUAAAAUGCAGAGAAGAACAUCAGAUGAUUUUUUUUUUUAAAAACUUGUUUUGUAAGAGAUUUUUUCUACAUGCCAUUCAUUCUCUGUAAUUUCCUUUUUAUUCAUGCUUGUUAAACACAUGUAGCCCUUUCAUAUAUUUAUGGUUCUUUCGUUUCUUUUCCUUUCCUAAAAUGGUUUUGGGGCCAUGUGAUUUCAGUUUCGGUGCUGGAAAUUGUGUUGUAGACCAAACUCUGAGCACAAAUAAAACUGAUGAUGACAGUGUUGAUACUA